AUGGACUCCGGAAAGACCUCUAACGCUCCCAUUUCUCCUACCAGCCGCAGACGCAGUUCUGGCACCCUCUUCCAAGGCCUAAUGGACCAGAAACGUCACGAAGGCACUGCCGCCCGCAGACAGUCCAUGACUGACUCAAAGCCCCCACCUGGUUUCUUGGGCCAGAUGUGGCAUAACUGGACCCGUGGCCCAAUCAGCCCCCCGAAAUAA